AAGAUUAUGGGUUAGAAGGUAUAUCUGGUGAUGAUUUGAUAGACAAAGAAAUAAAAUGCUUAGAUUUACAAUUUCGCUAUAAAGGAAAAUGCCGAAGCUUAGAUGGUACUGAAGUAAUAGAUUUUCAAAUUCGCAAAAAUCUAUCAUUUGAUUUGAUAGAUAAUAUAAGUAUUCUAUUAAUCGAAGAAGAUAGCAGACCUACAGACAACUUUUCGAGCUAUAAAGCCAGCUCCACUAAAAAUAACUUAUCUAUUGCAGAGCAGGCUGUAUUGUGGAACAAUAGCACUUACGUGCCUAGACAAUUCUCUGAAUUAUGGGACUUUGUCCCUAAAUCAACAGAAUCUAAAUCUGGUCUAGCUCAAGAGAAGGUUAUAAAUAUAAUUAACAAAAUUCUCUCAAAUACCAAAGAUAGACUUGAAGG